AUGGCUUCCCAUGAGCAUGAUUCAGAUAUUUUUCAGUGGGGUCUUCGUCUACUUGAUGGUGAUCCAGUUUAUAAUAAUUCAUACUACUAUGGUGACAUCAUACAACACAAUGCUAAUGAUAUCUACCAUGAAGAGUAUGUCAGAAGUCAUUAUGAUACAGAAUCAAACCAUGUGGAGAAUGAUGAGAUCAUUGCACGAACUCUUCAAGAGGAAUUUUCACGACUAUCUGUAACAGAAGCCUCUGAAUACUCACAUGCAGGAGAAGCGCAAGCACAAGCAUCCGUUCUUGCAGAUGAGUGGCAUGGUGUAUCUACAAGGAAUUAUUGUUCAGACCAUGAUUAUGGCCAGGAAGAAGCUUCUAGUUUAUGUUCUAGCCCUGGUAAUCAUUUGGAGCUAACUGAUGAAUGUGCACUUGAUGGUGAAGUAGACUGGAGCUUGAAUCCCGUUCCUCAUAUUCCUAGAAUUAAUGGAGAAAUUCCUUCAUUUGAUGAAGCGACUUCAGAUCAUCAAAGGCUACUUGACAGACUGCAGAUAUAUGGCUUCCUUGAACACAAGGUUGAAGGAGAUGGAAACUGCCAGUUCCAUGCUUUAUCAGACCAAUUGUAUCACACACCCGACCACCACAAGCACGUGAGAAGCGAAGUCGUAAAUCAGCUGAAGUCUCAUCCUGAGAUUUACGAGGGAUAUGUUCCCAUGGCAUAUGAUGACUAUUUGGAGAAGAUGUCCAGGAAUGGUGAGUGGGGUGACCAUGUUUCAUUGCAGGCAGCUGCUGAUUCGUACGGGGUGAAAAUUUUUGUCUUGACUUCUUUUAAGGAUAACUGUUGCAUAGAGAUUCUUCCUAAUAUCCAAACUUCAAAACAAGUUAUUUAUUUGAGUUUCUGGGCAGAGGUGCAUUACAACUCAAUUUAUCCUCAAGGAGCUGAACUCAACCAGUUGGAGCAAUAA